UUGCAGACUCUUCCGGCGGGAGGGAGAAACACCCGGAUGAGGCAUGUCGGCCAGCGGCAGCGAGGGGCUGCGGCUCCUCUGUCUCCAUGGUUACCGGCAGAACGCGGACAGCUUCCGGGCGCGCACUGGCGCCUUGCGGAAACUCCUGCGGGGGCGCGCGCAGCUCCUGGCGGUGGACGCGCCCCACGCGGUGGUUGCUCCCACCCAGCCAGGAGGCGCCGCGCCUGGCUGCCCAGAGGCCGACUCCCGGGGCUGGUGGUUCUCCAACGCCAGGGAGGGGACCUUCGACGCCCUUGAAGACUCCUCUUCCUGCCGAGGCCUGGAGGAGUCCCUGGAGGCCGUGGCCCGGGCGUUGGCGGAGCAGGGCCCUGUGGACGGGCUGCUGGGCUUCAGCCAGGGAGCGGCCUUGGUGGGCAUCCUUUGUGCCCUGAAGCAGCGCGGAGACCCCCGCUUCCCCUUCGGCUUUGCCAUCCUGAUCGCCGGCUUCAGCAGCCGGGCCGCCUCCCAUCGCCUUUACUACCAGGAGCCCAUCGCGGUGCCCAGCCUGCACGUCCUGGGGGAGACGGAUCGGGUCAUCCCGGCGGAGAUGAGCAGGGAGCUGGCCUCCCACUUCACGGAGCCUGUGGUCCUCACCCACCCAGGGGGACACUUUGUCCCGGCCUCGGCACCCCAGAAGAAAGCCUACCUCGAGUUCUUGGACCAGUUUAGGAAGUCACCAGGUUGAAGUGCUGCCCUUUCUUGGCAGGGAGGAGGAGUGGACAGAAAGCCCGGCCUGUGGCGUGGAGCCACGGAGGAGAAAUUUCCCUGCUGAUUUUGGUGGCCUUUCACAUACUUUUUAUCCUGUGCUUGCUGGUGGCCACAAGACACCGGAGUCGCCUUUUCACCACAUAUUGCCCCCCCCCCUUUUUUCCUCUCUGCUUGGCACACCGAGUCAGAAGAUCCUCGGUUUCCUCCGUAAAACAGCCCUUCCUGGUGGGAGAGAAGGAGGCCAGGACUUCUCCUGGCAGAGAAGACCACCGUGUGGGUUCCCAGGCGGUUCCGCUUGUUAUCUCUCUCCUCACUGGAACACAGCCUGAUAACGGGUCAGAAUGUGGGUCGAUCCUUAUUAUUUGCUUUGACAGCAGCUCCCCAAAGUCUAAGGUGGAGGAUGAGGAAAAGGGUCUUUCCUGUCGCCAGCAGAGGGCAGGAUCAGGUCUCCAGUAGAGAAGCGAGCUGCUGGGAGUUCAGCUUGGGGGACUUUUCUGUGUGCAGAGCGAAGGCUCAUUCGCCAAGACACAUUCCUCACCCGAAGCAUGAAGUUUCUGGUCCUCAAGGUUCUAAAUAAAGGGCAGAUGAAAAUACUAA